ACACAUCGAUAGGCGAUAGCGCAAAUUGCAUACCUGAGACCGACGCGGUCUGUGUGUCGCGGAUAGGAAAAUAGGAAAUUAUAAAUAGAAACGGGCCGUGCCGAUGCCCCAAAAGCCACCCAAUUGCCAGCUGCCCCAAUCGGCGAGGAUACCAAGUGCUACCGAGGAUAUGCAAAAUGCGAAGUAGCCCGGACAUGGAGUGCCACUAAGUGCCGGUUCCGUUUGUGGGAAUACUAAUAAAGCGGAUCAACUGCCAUCGAAAAAUAUUAUUAAAAAAAAAAACAGAAGAAAAAGAAUAGCUAAAAAACAAGUACCAUAAAACGCUGGCAAACAGAUAGAUAUUAGUCCACGUUUUGCAAGGAGUUUCUGUGCAGGAGUGGAGUGCUCAGGGAUAACCGGAAGGAAGGAAGCGGCGUACGCAGCAGGAGGAGCAGCAGGACUUCCGCUCCGGCAAAUCGGUGUCCACCUCGGAACUAUCGCUCUUGCUCUAGCCGGCAACAUACCAGCCUAACAACAUGUAUCCCUCACCGGUGCGCCACCCCGCCGCCGGGGGACCACCACCUCAGGGUCCAAUCAAGUUCACCAUCGCCGAUACACUGGAACGCAUCAAGGAGGAGUUCAACUUCCUGCAGGCGCAGUACCACAGCAUUAAAUUGGAGUGCGAGAAGCUGUCGAACGAGAAGACGGAGAUGCAGCGCCAUUAUGUUAUGUACUACGAGAUGUCCUAUGGCCUUAACGUGGAGAUGCACAAGCAGACCGAGAUCGCCAAGCGGCUGAACACACUGAUCAACCAGCUACUUCCAUUCCUUCAGGCCGACCACCAGCAGCAAGUGCUGCAGGCGGUGGAGCGGGCGAAGCAGGUGACCAUGCAGGAGCUCAACCUGAUCAUUGGGAUCCACGCCCAGCAGGUGCCAGGUGGACCACCUCAGCCGAUGGGCGCACUGAAUCCGUUUGGCGCCCUGGGCGCCACCAUGGGCCUGCCACACGGACCGCAAGGUCUGCUGAACAAACCGCCCGAACACCACAGGCCGGACAUCAAGCCGACGGGUCUAGAGGGGCCAGCAGCCGCCGAGGAGCGAUUGCGCAAUUCGGUUUCGCCGGCCGAUCGUGAGAAGUAUCGCACACGCUCGCCGCUGGACAUCGAGAACGACUCGAAGCGUCGAAAAGAUGAGAAACUGCAAGAGGAUGAAGGCGAGAAAAGCGAUCAAGAUUUAGUCGUAGAUGUUGCAAAUGAAAUGGAAUCCCACUCACCGCGUCCCAACGGCGAGCACGUGUCUAUGGAGGUGCGCGAUCGGGAAAGCUUGAAUGGCGAGCGCCUGGAGAAGCCAAGCAGUAGUGGCAUCAAGCAGGAACGGCCGCCCUCACGCUCCGGCUCCAGUUCGUCACGUUCCACACCCAGCCUCAAGACAAAAGAUAUGGAAAAGCCGGGUACACCGGGCGCCAAGGCACGCACACCGACACCGAACGCCGCUGCUCCGGCGCCAGGCGUUAAUCCUAAACAAAUGAUGCCGCAGGGACCACCGCCAGCCGGAUAUCCGGGUGCACCGUAUCAAAGGCCGGCCGAUCCCUACCAGCGUCCACCGUCAGAUCCAGCCUAUGGACGACCGCCACCAAUGCCGUACGAUCCGCACGCCCAUGUGCGAACCAAUGGCAUUCCACAUCCCUCGGCCCUAACGGGUGGAAAGCCUGCAUACUCUUUCCAUAUGAACGGCGAGGGUAGUCUACAACCGGUGCCGUUCCCGCCGGACGCGUUGGUGGGUGUUGGAAUUCCGCGGCACGCCCGUCAGAUCAACACGCUGUCGCAUGGAGAGGUCGUCUGUGCGGUAACCAUCUCUAAUCCCACAAAGUACGUGUACACGGGCGGCAAGGGCUGCGUCAAGGUAUGGGACAUCUCGCAACCGGGCAACAAGAAUCCAGUUAGCCAGCUGGAUUGUCUGCAGCGCGACAACUACAUCCGCUCGGUGAAGCUGCUGCCCGACGGCCGUACGCUGAUCGUGGGUGGUGAGGCGUCCAACCUGUCUAUCUGGGAUCUGGCCAGUCCGACGCCUCGCAUAAAGGCGGAACUAACAUCGGCGGCGCCCGCCUGCUACGCUCUGGCCAUUAGCCCUGACUCGAAGGUGUGCUUCUCGUGCUGCAGCGACGGCAAUAUCGCUGUGUGGGACCUGCACAACGAGAUCCUGGUGCGCCAGUUCCAGGGCCAUACCGACGGCGCUUCAUGCAUCGACAUCAGUCCGGAUGGCUCCAGGCUGUGGACGGGCGGCUUAGACAACACGGUGCGCUCCUGGGAUCUGCGCGAGGGUCGCCAGCUGCAACAGCACGACUUCAGCUCUCAAAUAUUCUCGCUCGGCUACUGUCCCACAGGCGACUGGCUGGCUGUGGGUAUGGAGAACUCGCAUGUGGAGGUGCUGCACGCAUCGAAACCGGACAAGUAUCAACUGCAUCUGCACGAGAGCUGCGUUCUGUCGCUGCGCUUUGCCGCCUGCGGCAAAUGGUUCGUUUCCACCGGCAAAGACAACCUGCUUAACGCAUGGCGAACACCUUACGGUGCCAGCAUAUUCCAGUCGAAGGAAACAUCAUCCGUACUUAGCUGCGACAUAUCAACUGACGACAAAUACAUUGUGACGGGUUCGGGCGAUAAGAAGGCUACUGUCUACGAAGUUAUUUAUUAAAUCCACAAAACCAUGCAGUUUUUUCAUUUUGUAAUAAGCUCGUAUAGUUUUUAUUACAACAUGUUCGAAAUCAUGCAAAUAACAACAACAAAAACAACAGCAGCAGCAUCGGCAGUAAAACAAAAAAAGAAAAGCAGAAAGGCGGCAGUAGCAACGCAUCAAAAAGCGAAGCAAAAAUGAAAAUUCUAUAAUAUAUAUACAAGAAAAAGGAAAACUAAAAUUUUAAGCGUACUUGUAGCUACUAAGCCUAAGCUAAGUCCAAUAAAUAAAAACAAACCAACAAGUUGAACACACAAAUUGCAAGUAAAGAAGAAUUCAAGUAAAAUGAGAACCAGAGCGAAAUAAAAUGAUAAUGCAUGCGAGCAACAGAAACGAGUAUGUUGUAAAAUUAACAAAAUGAAACCGGAAACAGAAACAUAAAAAGUCGGCGAUACCUACCUACGUUCAUCUUAACAUAAAAACAAAUAGGAGGAUAAGUGGAAUUAGUCAGUCAUUGCAAUUGCAGGAGCGUUGAGAUUAUGAUUACCAGCUGAACAAAAGGAGUUAAAUACAAAUACGAUGCGAGUGCUUUUAGUUUGUUUUAUGUGAGCGGUUUUUGUAAUUUAGCUGAAAAGUCAGACAGCGAAUGCAACAACAAAUGUAAUUUUAAGUUGUCAGUUUCCUUACCUCCCAACGUCCCUCCAAACACACACCACACACACACAAACACAACAUACGAAAAACACAAAACACAUUUGCAUAAAAGGUAUAUAUAUAUAUAUAUAUAUAUAAUUAUAAAUGAAUAUACUUAGUAAGCAUUUUAGUUAAGAGUUUUACAUUAUAAAUUAAACACGGAAACCACUUUCGAAACACUCACUCGCAUUGGGGGUCAGUAGUUAGAAGCUCAGAGCAGUCCGCUUUGCUUGUAUGUAAUUUGAGAAAAUGUGUAAUGAGAAAAUCGAGGAAUUAAUUGUGUGAAUCAAACUCAACUCUUCAGAACCAAGUGUAAAAUCCUAUAUUUUGAGCAGCUAAACCCAACACAGAGAGAGCCGCAUCAACAACCGAAACCGAAAAGUAGAACACAGCUAAAUUGUUUAGUGUUUAGAGUAUAUAUAUGAAAAACAGAAAACGAAUCGAUUUAUAUAUAUUUACAAUUAUAUAUAUAAUGCGAGCGGCGAAAUUGUAAUAAGCAAGAGAUAGAGUGCAGCACACGCUUCGAUUUUUAAUUUUACAAAUAUUAUUAUUAUUGUGGUUAUAUAUGUAUAUAAUUAUAUUAUAAAUAAUUGAAGCAAAACGAAAAAAUAAAAAAUUAUAUGUAAUCGAAAGU